UCGAGCCAAGACCCAAACAAAAUCAAAUUUCAUUCCACGAUCGAAGUGAGAGAGUCGAGCCAAGACCCAAACAAAAUCAGAUUCCUCACUCUCUUCUCUCUCCUUUACGGCUGUUACGGUCGCUGCUCUGCUGCUGCUUCUGGUGAUAUUUCUGACUGUUUGACACCUAUAAAAAGACCUCGCCCCCAUUAAAGCUAUUCUCCUCCAUCUAUAGUCUAUACCUACGCUUAGAUACACAGCUCGGUGUCUUUCUCCCCUUCCCCCAAUUUUUUGGAGAGAAACAGAGAAUGUAUGCAGAAACUGGGCUUAUGUUCCCAUACUUCUCUCAAGAAGCUCAGCAGUUUGAUGAUUUUGGCUGCUCACAAAGGCCUAAUUCCUCCUUGGGCAUAACAAGCAGCCUCAUGCAAACAUCCACCAUAUCAGAUUACAACCUGGGGGGAGAAGGUGAUCUCUUCAAGGCACCUGAACCAGUAAUCGGAGAACCAUUAAUGGCUGUGGAUCCAAUGACAGCUGCUAUCUCAAUGAUCUCCUGUGGAGAAGACGUGAUCUCCCCCCAGUCGCUAACAGUAUCUGAUAUCGAGUCGUCUAUUGAGAGUGGAAGCUCAUCAGUGAGGUUUUAUGAAUGCAGAAAGGAUCUUUUGGCACAGCAAGGGAAUGGGACGCCACUCUGUGAUGCCCUGAGUAUCAAGAUUCCGUCUCUACAGAUAGAUGAGAACAUUGUUGUUGACGAGAAGCUGUUUGCGGAGGGCGCACUCCAGAAAAGUCUUAGCUCGAGUUGUCUAAGACCUGUGGACGGUGUGCAUGAGGCUCCACUGAGGCCAAGAUUCUCGAAUUUCCCAAAUUGGAUAAUACUCUUGAUAACGAUGUUAAAAACAAGUCUAGAGCAGUCCUCGGUGGUGCAACCUCGGGUUAUAAGCAGCUGCCGUUCUGAAGAUCGCAAGGAAAAGCUGUCUAGAUACUGGAACAAGAAGUCCAAGCGAAACUUUGGAAGAAAAAUCAAGUAUGCUUGUAGGAAAGCCUUGGCUGACAGCCAGCCUCGAAUCCGCGGAAGAUUUGCCAAGAUGGAGGAAAUGGAAAGCCCUAAGAUGCAGUAAUGUCUGUAUUAUUGAUUAUGGAUAAGGAUACGUAGAGGUGAUCACCAUGAUCAUCAACUCACCUCCCAACCUAUCUUAACAUCCCUCAUAAUGUCCAUCGUGGCUAAACUAGAUAUGUAUAUACUGUUUGUUUAAUGCUACACCAAUAAUAUGUAUGAUUUCAUCAAUCUGUAGUUACAAUUUCCCUUUAUUAUA